AUGGCUAGCACCAACCCUCGAGAAGAGACCAUAGGCACCGAAGCCAGGCAGGGCGAGUUCGAUACCAAUGUCAUUGCACCAGCAGAGGCACCGAAGCAUUCACCAUGGAAAGCCUGGAUAUACCUCGCGAAUUGGUAUCCCUCGCAUUAUCCUCCCGAGGAGCGGAAACUGUUGAAGAAAAUGGACGCGUGCUUGUUGACGUUCUGUUCCUUUAUGUUCUUCCUGAAAUGGCUCGACUCAUCGAACAUAAAAAACGCCUAUGUCUCCGGCAUGAAGGAGGAGUUGCACCUCUAUGGAAACGAAUAUUCGCUGUUUGAUACAUUCUACAAUGUCGGCUACCUUGUAUUCCAAGUCCCAUCACUGCUCCUACUCUCGAGACCCAAGAUCGCCAAAUAUUAUCUGCCUACUAUGGAAGUUUUGUGGUCCAUUGUCACUUUUACUCAAAGUCAGAUGCGAAAUCGCAACGACAUUUACGGCACCCGAUUCUUACUGGGUCUGCUCGAGACACCUGUGGCUAGUGGUACCACAUACGUGCUUGGAUCUUGGUACAGACCCGAAGAGGUCUUCAAGCGCACGGGUGUAUGGUACGUAUCGAACAAUAUCGCUGUGAUGUUUGGCGGACUUAGUGUUGGUGGCAUGGCUGGUUGGCGUUGGCUGUUCAUCAUAGACGGAGUGAUCAGUCUUCCCAUUGCUUUUGCAGGAUUCUUCAUCUUUCCUGGUCUCCCAAGCAGCGGGAAGCCAUGGUGGCUCACACCUGCUGAGCACGACCUUGCAAAGAGACGCAUGAUUAACGCGGGAAUUGCGCCUAGUAAAGAAUUGAGCUGGACCGUAAUCAGACGCACCUUCACACGAUGGGAAUUCUACAUGGGUGUACUGUGCUACACUUUCUUCUUGUCAUCGUCCUACCCCCAUGGUCAAAUGGCUAUCUGGCUCAAAGACCUGGCGGCAAAAUAUCCAGGCGCAUACACGAUACCUCAGAUCAACACGAUUCCGACCGGUGCGCAGGGUGUGUCUGUCUUCGCUGCACUUUUGGCCACCUCUUUAUGCAUGGUCUAUCCGCUGUGGAGCAUCUUCAGCAUCGUGCAAGUAAUUUACAUCGUCGCCAAUAUAUCUUUGCUUGUCUGGAACAUCGCAUGCUACUAUCUCCUUGGUGUAUCGGCUGCUAUCACGCCGAUCCUGAUGCCAUUCAUCAACAUGGCUCUUCGCGACGACGCUGAAGCCCGUGCGGUUACCGUGGGCGCGAUGCUCACUGCCGGCUGGGCAGUGUUUUCGUUCUACCCCAUCACAGUCUUCCCCAUCAUAGAAGGACCCCGUUGGACAAAAGGCUAUUCCGUCAACAUUGCGUUCAUCUGCGGCUGCUGGGGCACAUUCCUCGCUAUGCAGUAUCUUUACAAAAAGAGCGAGAAGAAGCGCGCGGAACGAAUGGUUCGAGAAGUCGCAAAAGACGAAGAAGAUCUUGCAGCUGUCGAGAAGGAUGAAAGCGAGGUGCGGGAAUACCAGUGGCUGCUGCCUCCGUCCAGUCUCUGCUUUGCGCUGCCGAUCAAGCUUUUGGGCAGGGGCUUGGCUAAUGCCGGAUGCGUCGAGACAGCAGUUGCUUUUGUGAGUGGUCUUGCGCCUGCGGGAUGA